UGUUUAUCUUUUUGUGUCUUGAAGGCAUCCGUGAAGAUGUUGGUCCUGGACAGCAGGAGCCAGAGUCCCCCCACAUUAAGGAGGAGGUGGAGGCUGAAGAGCGCCCCUGCAUUCAAGAAAAGGAGGAGCCAGACCCCCCUGUCAUUAAAAAGGAGGACGAAGGUCACACUCACAUCAAAGAAGAGGAGGAAGAGCACCUCCACACCAAGGAGGAUGAAGGAAAGCCUCCUAACAUCAAAGAGGAGGAGGAGGAGCAGAAUAUCUGCAAGUUGUCAUUGACUGGUGUCCCUUUAAAAAGUGAAGACGAAGGCCAAAGUGAAACAGGGAGAGGGGCGGGGCCUCCAGGCAGCAGCUCGUGUCAAUACGUGAUAUCAGAAGGUGAUGGAGACCACUGUGUAGUGUCACAAGUGGACAGGCUCUUAGAUGUCAAUGAAGAUGUUUGUCCUGGGCCGCGGGAGUCAGAGUCCCCCCACAUUAAAGAGGAAUUGGAGGAUGAAGUGGACCCCUGCAUUCAAGAAAAGGAAGAGCCAGAUACUCUUUAUUUAUCAAAAGGAAGAAGAAGAGCACAGUCACAUCAAAGAGAAGGAGGAAAAGCAUCUCCAUACCAAGGAGGAUGAAAAAAAGUCUCCCUACAUCAAAGAGGCAAAAGAAGAGCAGAAAAUCUGUAAGCACAUCAGAACACACACUGGUGAGAAACCCUUUGCCUGCUCAAUUUGUCGCCAAAUAUUCUCUGAGAAAGGGACCUUAAAAAUACACACAAGAACCCACACUGAUGAGAAACCUUUUCCCUGCUCAAUUUGUGGACAAAGAUUCUCAGAGAAGGGAACCUUACAAAUACACAUAAGAACCCACACCGGUGAAAAACCUUUUGCCUGUUCAAUUUGUGGGCAAAGGUUCUCUCAGAAGGGAACCUUAACAAAUCACAUCAGAACACACACUGGUGAGAAACCCUUUGCCUGCUCAAUUUGUCGCCAAAUAUUCUCUGAGAAAGGGACCUUAAAAAUACACACAAGAACCCACACUGAUGAGAAACCUUUUCCCUGCUCAAUUUGUGGACAAAGAUUCUCAGAGAAGGGAACCUUACAAAUACACAUAAGAACCCACACCGGUGAAAAACCUUUUGCCUGUUCAAUUUGUGGGCAAAGGUUCUCUCAGAAGGGAACCUUAACAAAUCACAUCAGAACACACACUGGUGAGAAACCCUUUGCCUGCUCAGUAUGUUCCCAGAGAUUCUGUCAGAAGGGACAGUUAUCAAGACACACAAGAACCCACACUGGUGAGAAGCCUUUUACUUGCUCAGUUUGUGGUCAAAGGUUCUCACAUAAGGAAAACUUAAUAAUUCACACAAAAACACACACUGGUGAGAAACUUUUCGCCUGCUCAGUCUGUGGUAAAAGAUUCUUUCGUCAGGGGAGCUUAAAAAGACACACAAGUACCCACAUGGGCGAGAAACCUUUUGCUUGCUCAGUCUGUGAUAAAAGAUUCUCUCAGAAGGGAAUCUUAUUAAAUCACAUCAGAACACACACUGGUGAGAAACCCUUUGCCUGCUCAAAUUGUUGCCAAAGCUUUUCAUGGAAAUAUCAGGUGAAGAACCAUCAGUGUGUUGCAAUGCACCAACACACUCAUCAAUGAAGCUUUGGUUUCUCAUCUGAUUCGGCUUCAUCACUUCAUGCUCCAAGGAUGACUGAAUUCUAUGCAUCAUCUUGCAAGGUUCCUCAAUGAAAGAAAUGUUUGUAUUUGUUGUGUUGAAAAUAUUGUGAGUUGUCAGUUUGUUGAGAUUUUUUUUUUUAUUUUCAUUUUGAGUUUUGGCUGUGAAAUGUUGUUAUACUUCAGUUAG